UUCUCCAUUGUCAUCUUCAAAUCAAACUAACACCAUCUUUGCUAAUAUUAUACACUGCAUAUACUAUACUGCUACCUAAAACACCCAUGAUAUUCAGGAUGAAGCCUUCUCCUCUGGCUUUCCUUGUCUUGCUGCUUUUCUUAUCUCCUGGAACUCUUGAGGGCUUCAGGAAUGGAGUGAUGAUGAACUCCUUUUACAUGCUGCACAAGAAUAAGGGUGGAGUUGGAGGAAAUGGAAGGAAGAUGGUUGAGCUUGAAGCUGUGUUGGACUACGACUAUGCCGGACCUAAUACUAAGCAUGAUCCCAGAGGAAGGAAGGGUGGGAAUGGCAAAAACCCAUAAUCACUCCACUCAUACAGAUAAUAAUAUAAUAUAAUAAUAGUAAGAAGAUUUUCAUGCAUGAAAUUAAAUCAUGAAUCAUGAGAAAUGAGACAUAGUUGAUCGAUCUUAUGUAUUUUGAUCUUUCAUCAUCAUAUCAUAUUAUAUAUAUUAAUCCUACGCUGUACUUGUCCUUUAAUUUGAGGUAGAAUAAAAACAGUGCAAUGAGAUGAGAUUAUCAAUCAUGAUAUUGCUAAUGUGGGAAGUUUGGUGUUGUAUUUGUUUUACAAUACUGCUUGCUGUUUGCGAGCCAUAAAAUAAACUUAUGUAUUACUAUUUUCGUA